GGCGCCUCCCGGGCGGCGGGCCCAGCCUCCGCGCCCCUGCCUCCCCGGCUCGGCCUCCGCGCCCCUGCCGGCCUGCCGCCAUGGCCUGGUCCCUCACCCCGCGGCUCCCGCAGCUUCUGCUCCUGCUCGCGGUCCUCGCCGCGGCGCGGGCCGCCUUCGUGGAAGCCAUUUCCGAGGGGACGGACGCCUGCCAGCCCCAGGGCUUCUGCCUGCGCGGCGCCCCGCGCGCGCGCUCGGCCGGCGCGGUGAACGUGAGCCUCUACUACGAGUCGCUGUGCGGGGGCUGCCGCGAGUUCCUGGUGCGCGGCCUCUUCCCGACCUGGCUGAUGGUGCUGGAGAUCCUCAACGUCACGCUGGUGCCCUACGGGAACGCGCGGGAGCGCAACGUGAGCGGCUCGUGGGAGUUCGAGUGCCAGCACGGGGAGCGCGAGUGCGCGCUGAACAAGGUGGAGGCCUGCGUGCUGGAUCUGCUGCCCCCCGACCCGGCCUUCUGACCGUGG